AUGUCUCUCUUUGGUGCCAACAAAGCAGAUGAGGAGCAGAUCAAAAAAGCCUUCCAAUCUCAGGCUUCCACUGCGUCAUCGUCUACCAAUUUACCAAAUAGUGAAUCAACUGGGUCUUUUGCUCACUCAUCUAAUUAUGAAACUGCUUCUGAAAGAGACUCCAUUGAACUCGAAACAUCAAAUGACAAUAACGAAAGAUUCACCGACAGACAGCAACCAGAAAGUGAUAUCACAGACAAUAACUCGAUCAGCACAAUAACAGCUCAGAGCGAGCCUGCUAUCCAGAAGCCGGUGACUAAUCAUGAUGAUGUCGCAAACCCAAGCAGCAAAGGGACCGUGACUAAUUCUGGUUUACAUUCCGACUCUGAUUCAGACACCGACGAGGCCUUGAAAUACACUGGUGAUUCAAGUGAGGAAUUGCCUCAAUUGGGAAAUCUUGAUAGUGCCUUACACAGAGAAAUUUCUAGAAUCUCAAGAGUUAGAACUACCGAAAGAAGACUCUCUGAAGUCAAACAGGCGUUAUCUAAUCAACCAACUGAGGAAACCAGUAUCAAUGAAGAGGCCAUUCCUCUUGAAAAAUUGGACUGGGAUGGACCAAAGGACCCAGAAAAUCCUCAAAAUUGGUCCCCUCUAAAGAAGUGGUUUGUCACAAUGACCACUGCAUUCACAGCUCUCGUGGUUACUUUUGGCUCCUCUCUAUAUACUUGUGGGAUCUUUGAUAUGGUUGAGCGUGGUAUGGCCUCCCAAGAAUUGGCAAUUUCUGGGUUAACGUUCUAUGUUCUUGGGUUAUCAUUUGGCCCUAUGAUUGCUGCUCCUUUAUCAGAAUUGUACGGUAGAAGAAUUGUUUAUUUAACAUCUUUCCCAAUUUCCUUGAUUUUCACCCUUGGUGUUGGGUUUUCCAAAAAAAUCAGAGAAGUUCUUGUGCUUCGUUUCUUUGCUGGUUUAGUUGGAUCUCCUGCUCUUGCUGUCGCCAGUGGUACAAUUGUUGACAUGUGGGCUUUAGACGAAAUUGAAGUCGCUAUGAGUUUCUUCUGUAUGGCUCCAUUUGCUGGUCCAAUUGUUGGUCCAGUUAUUGGUGGCUAUGCCGUGGAAAAGGAAUCUUGGAAAUGGACAAUGUGGAUUGAUUUGUUUUUCGGUGCUGGUCUUUUGCCUUUUUUAACACUUUGUCCAGAAACCUAUAAACCAGUGCUUUUGGAAAAAAGAGCUAAAAAAAGAGGUAUUAAGGUUGCUAAGCCUGAUAUUAACCUUUCCGACUACGUGAAAGAAAUCAUCUCGCUUUACAUCACCAAGCCAUGUGUUAUGUUGGCUGUUGAACCAAUCGUUUUGGUGUUUUCUAUCUGGUCUGCUUUCAUCUUUGCUGUGUUGUUUGGAUUCUUUGAAGCUUAUCCAGUGAUUUUCAGGGGCGUUUAUAAGAUGAGUCUUGGUAACUCUGGCUUGCCAUUCCUUGGUAUUGGUGUUGGUUUAGUUUUCGGUAUGCUUUUAUACUUGUACUUGGUCAAAUGUGUUUUCUGGAAGAAAAAUGAAGACGGAUCUUCUCCUCUUUUCAAAAAUGGCGUCUUUAGUCCUCCAGUACCAGAAACUCGUUUAUUGCCAGCCAAGAUCGGUGCCAUCUUUUUGCCAAUUGGCUUAUUCUGGGUUGGAUGGAGUGGUCGUGAAUCUGUGCACUGGAUUGUCCCAAUUAUUGGCGGGGUUCCAUUUGGGUUUGGUUUGAUUCUUAUUUUCUUUAGUACCAUCACAUACUUCUCCCUUUCGUACCCACCAAUUUCUGUGGCUUCUGCCAUCGCUGCUAACAACUUCUUGCGUUAUAUCUUGGCAUCUGUUUUCCCUUUAUUCACCGUUCAAAUGUAUGAAAAUGUUCAUAUUGGCUGGGCUUCAUCAAUCUUUGCCUUCAUCGCUGUCGCUAUGGUUCCUAUCCCAUGGGUUUUCGCCAAAUACGGUCCAAAGCUAAGAGCAGGUUCCCGCUUCAGUUACGCUGCGGUGAUGAAACAGAAAGCGGCUGAAGCUGCUAAAGAAGCGGCUGAAGCCCAAGAAUUGAACAGAUUGGAAAAACAAUUGACCAGAAAAUCGGAGAAAGUUGGUGGUCCAGUGGCUGCAGAACAAGUUUAA